CAUGCAACGUGACUACAAAAAUAAAAAAUCAGUGUAAAAAAAAAAAACAUAAAUAUGAGCCACAUGUUACAACUACUGAAUCUUAUCAUCAUUUAGUAGUUCGACAAACUGGGUAACGUCUCAGUCGACUCUCCAUCUCUCUAUUAUGGACUGUUUCCGUCACCCAUCUCUUUCACUGCCACCUCAUUACGUAGUCAAGUUCUCAACAACAACACAGCACCACAUUUUGUUUCUCAUUAAUAAAUUAUAGUAAUUUGGCUAGAGCUGUCGAGGAAGCGGUAAGCAAGUCCAAGAUUCAAUCUCUACAACUAACAUUUUUCACUCUUUUGUUGGUGUAAUAUUAAGUAAAACGAUUUAUGAUAACAUAGCUUGUAACUACUAACAUUAGUCUAUAAAACAAAAUUCUUGUAACUCUAACCUUAUCCAUAACCUUCACUUUACCACACAUACACACCAAAUUAAGCAACAAAACAAUCCAUUAUGUCGAAUUCUUCUUGCUCAAGUUCAAGCGAAUAUCUCCAAACCCUCUUAACCUCAGCUAAACCUUUCCUCCGUAACGAACUAAACACCAUUGACAAAAACCUCCCUUCCUUAAUCACCAUCCUUCAUUCACACGGUGCAUCAGAAUGUUGGCACAAACACGGUACUUUCCUCGAACACCUUACCGACAUUUUCCGAAUCCUCCACCUUUGGAAAUGCCAACACUUUGUUUCACUCUUUGGUCUCUUCCACUCAGCUUACUCCAAUUCCUACGUUAACCUCGCCAUCUUCGAUCCUUCAACUUCUCGCGAUCUUGUUUGCAAACACGUUGGCGUAGAAGCCGAACGUUUGAUUCAUUUGUUCUGUGUUGUUCCUAGACAAACUCUUAUUCAUGAUGAUCUUCUUUUUCAUUACACUGAUUCAGAGCUUUUGAAUGAUCUUAAGGAAUCAGAGAUUUCUCUUAGGGAUGCAAAGGAGAAGGGUGUUUUUGAUGGGGGAGAAAAAUGGAGGAAGAAAUUGCAGGGUCUUGUUCCGGUGAAUGGUGUAAAUGUGAAGCAUAUUAGAACGGGUGAAGAUUUGAAUGUUUCUAGAAGAGUUGUUGCUGUUUUUGUUAUGAUGACAAUGGCUGAUUUUAGUGACCAACUUUUCGGUUUUCAAGAUAUGUUGUUUGCGAAUUUUGAUGGUAAGCUUGAGUUUAAAGGGAACAAUUUUGGAACUCUUUGGCCUGGGAAUGGUGAACCUGGUUUAUGGUUGAAUUCGAUUUCGAGAAUGGGAUCACUUUACAAUUUGAUUUUGAGAGAGGAAGAGAUUUUUAUAGAAGAGAAGAAGAAAAGGGGUGCUAUGGUUGGUGUUGAUUGUGAGAGAGAUGAAGAUAUUGAGUUAGUUGUGCCACCAGUUUUUGAUAAAUGCACAAAGGUUUUGGAUGCAAGGGAUCAAAUAGUUGCAAGGGAUUUGUAUUGGGAAGGUGUGAAUUGUGAAGAGGGGUUGGAGAAGAGUGAGGAGUUGUUGGUGAAGAGUAUUGAGAAGAAUCCAUUUGUGGGAGAGCCUUAUGUUGUGUUGAGUCAAGUUUAUUUGACUAAAGGAAGAUUUGAAGAGGCCGAGAGAGAAGCUGAGAGAGGGUUGGGUCUUUUGCUUGAAUGGGGGUGUCAUUGGGAUAAAAGGGUUUCUUGGGAAGGGUGGAUUUCUUGGAGUAGGGUUUUGUUGAUGAAGGCUAAAGAGAAAUCUUGGCCUAAUACUUCAUGGGGUAUCCUCAAUUUGGGGCUUGUAAAGUAAGGUUGCUUGAGUUUAUAUGUGUGGCUUAACAUAUCAAAAUAAUUAUAGGUUAGAGUUAGUAUAAAGUUUGGUGUUUAUAAUAAGUGAAAUAAAUGAAUGGAGUUGAAAAUACAAUACUUAUUUUUCUUUC